UGAGCACAUGUAGAGUUUAAUUAAUACAACAGGCUAUAAUGUUACCUAAUAUAACUAUCCAGUGUCCCUUGACUUUGGCCAUGUCAGCAGGGAUUGGCUCCAGGACCCUGAAGAUACAUGUUUAAAGAUUAUAGAUGGAUGGAUUGCUAUUUUUACUAAAGUUACAGAGGGUACUUCUUCCAUCAUUGCCCAACAGAAAAAGGUAAUAUGACCUAAUGCAACAUGGACCAAUAGCAUCAACAAUUUGUAAGAUACUGUAAAGAAAUGUCCUUUUUAAAAUGGACAUUUUUCAAUAUGACUGCUGUAGACAUUUAGAUGCAGGUAACUGAUAUUUAAAUCAACUUUUCAGUCUCAUAUACUGCCUACUGUACUAAAGUACACAUUUGAGGUGCUUGAACUUUAAUGGAGUAUUUUCUUUUAAUGACACUUUCUUGCUCUUUAAUUCACAUUAAAAAGUGACGUAUUCAAAUGUAUGAAAAAGCUUACAAAAUAAAAACAACGCAAAAUAAAUUUCCCUGUAGGUAGCCACAGCGUGCAGCCUUUGGUUUAUAGGUUUUAAUUGUUGUCUUCUAUUGGUGCAGUAACUUCAACAGUUAUUGGAUGUUUGUGACCACAAUGCAUUGUUUGAGCUGCUAAGAACAAAAGUAAUUGAAACUAUUUUCGAUAAGUGUUUGUCAUUUAAAAUGCAAUACACAUGUGUUACUUUUAAAUCUGAUGGCAUUUCGCUCUUUAUUUUUUUUUACAAAACAAGCAAUCCAUUUAAUGGAGAAAGUAAUCAGCAAAUUAAUCCAUAAGGGAAAUAAUUAGUUCCAGUUGAGCGCAAUUAAAUCAAUACAAUAGUCACAGCAAAAUAGGUCUACUUUUAAUACGUAUUCAAAUCUACUUAAAGGAACAGUGUGUAGCAUUUAGGGGGAGCUAUUAGCAGAAAGUAUUUUUUUAUAAUUUAGUGUAUAAUCACCUGACUAUCAGUCGUGCUUUCGCCGUGAGAGAUCUUGUGCAGCACACACCGUGCACUGGGCUGUUAAUCCUCGUCGGGAUUAGGGAAAGCCUUGACCACUGCAAGUGGGUUCAAAACGCCAUGGCGACGACCAGAAUGAGGGGAAACACGGAGAGUGAACAGUGCAAUGGCUUCUGGUGAGUGCAGCUCAUUGGUAUAAGAUUUGCAUUCUGCUAUCGCCGCUUCGGGUUCGCCAAUGCGCCUCACGAGACGCAUCUGAGGUUCUCUCUCGGCGGGUUGCUGCUGAGCGGGUCUGGGUUCUGUCAAGAACCUGCUGGAGGAGAAUCACUGCAGACGUGAGGGGAGGGGGUGGACAUGCAUACCAAAAUAGGAUAGAGCUGCCUGCGACAGUGCUGCACGAGCUAUAUUGAAGUCUGUAUGCGCGUGUGUGUGUGGAGCGUUCACAUAGAGGACACACCGUCGGAGCGUUGAACAGCACAGGAAAAUAGUGUGAGGUAAGCAGUGCCUGGAUGUCGCUUUCUCUGAAUGAAUGCCAUGGGGAAUCGAGCUGUUGCCCCCGCGGUGCUGUAGUUUGUGAUUGUUGGAGCUCGCUCACGUGCGUCGUGUCUUCUCCCCCAGAUACUAUGUCACACAGGCGAGCUGAACUCUACUCCUACGACUUCUGCGAUGGCGACCACCCCGCAGAGCUCCUGGAGGCUCUGAGGCGCUUCUACACCAGUGGCCUGUUCACCGACGUGACUCUCCAGUGCGGCGAGUCGGGACAGGUGUUCCACUGCCACAAGGCGCUGCUGUCAGCCCGCAGCUCCUAUUUCAAAGUCAUGUUCACGGCCGACAUGAGGGAGAGGUCAAACAGCGUCAUCAAGCUCACCGGGGUGGACUGCGGGGUCCUGGGUGCUUUGGUGAACUACGUGUACACAGCCCAGCUGAGCAUCACUCAGAGUAACGUGCAGAGCCUGCUGGAGGCUGCGGACCUGCUGCAGUUCCUCUCGGUGAAACGAGCCUGUGAGGAGUUUCUGGUUCGCCUCCUGGAUGUGGAUAACUGCUUGGGGAUGCACGCCUUCGCUGAGCUGCACCUGUGCGCUGGGCUGGAGAGGGAGGCCCGCCGAGUGAUGCUGAGCAGGUUCACAGAGCUCAUCCAGCAGGAAGAGUUCCUCGAGCUGGACCCCGGGAAGAUGAGCUCCGUUCUGGCUGCUCAGAACCUCACCGUGCAGAGGGACGACGUGUUGAUAGAUGCUGUGGCCAAGUGGGUGACCCAUGACUUGGAUAACCGUGUUCAGUGUUCUGCGGAGUUGCUGCAUUCCAUCCACCUAGACCUUGAUGAGAUGUACUUCAAGGCUACGUUGGAGGUGCACAGGCAAUGCUCGCUGAACAGUGAAGACAUUUUUAAAUCGAUGAUAGUUCAGGCUUUAAGGUCCAAUGGCAAAGACGUGUCCACAAGCAAGAAAAUGUCUUCCAGCAUGUAUAUCAUUGGUGGAUAUUACUGGCACCCUCUCUGUGAGGUUCACAUCUGGGAUCCUAUCAGCAACACCUGGGUGCAAGGAAAAGACAUGCCUGACCACUCUAUGGAGAGCUACAGCGUCAGUUUACUCGGAGCAAAUAUCUACGUGACUGGUGGUUACAGGACAAACACGGUUGAGGCUCUGGACACCGUUUCGGUUUAUAACUGUGACUAUGAUGAAUGGACCGAGGGCUGCCCCAUGAUCACAGCUAGGUACUACCACUGCUCUGUGGCCUUGCAUGGCUGCAUUUAUGCCAUUGGAGGAUACAAAGGAGGAGCUCCGGAGCAAGAGACAGAAUAUUAUGAUCCUUUGAAAAAGAAAUGGACCCCUUCGGCCAAAAUGAUCCAAGGUGUAGGAAAUGCCACUGCCUGUGUCAUGGGAGAUCAAAUAUAUGUGACUGGAGGUCACUAUGGGUACAGAGGAAACUGCACCUAUGAAAAAAUCCAAGUCUACAAGCCAGAUGUCAAUGAAUGGAGUAUCAUUACAAUAAGUCCGCAUCCAGAGUACGGGCUGUGUUCAGUGUCUCUCAACAACAAGCUGUAUUUGGUGGGCGGACAGACGACUGUCGCGGACUGCUACGACAUAGAGAGAGACGAAUGGAGACCAAUAUCAGUGAUGAAGGAGAGGAGGAUGGAGUGUGGGGCGGUGGUCAUUAAUAGUUGUAUUUAUGUAACAGGGGGAUACUCCUACUCAAAAGGGACCUAUCUGCAGACCAUUGAGAAAUAUGACCCUGAACUGGACUCUUGGGAGAUUGUGGGGACUCUUCCAAGCCCAGCCAGAUCACAUGGAAGUGUUUGUGUUUACAGUGUUUAGGUGUCAAACUCUUAUCACAUCAUUUUGUGCCAAAUGGAUCUGAUUCUGUUAAAGUCUGCAAAUGUGCGCUUCACCAUCACACAUGAUGUUGCGCUAACUUUGUAUAAUGGCUGUUAUAGCUACCUGUUUGCCAAACUGUGAAUACAAUAACAAGCAUUUCACUUAAACUCAGGGUCUUUAUAGUUUUUUACUUUUAGGUAUUCUGUUUUUUUAGAUCAAAGGAAGGACUGAAAAUAAAAUGAAGAUGACUGUAUAUGAGUAUUAUUCAAAUCCAGUUUACAUAUAUACAAUCCACCUCACUGUGUGGGAUACUCCAAAUAAUAAUUUCUCUUUUAAUAAUAAGACCUGUACUAUUUCUUGAUUAAAUGAAUCACUACCAGUA